AUGAGCACAUUUGAAGAACCCCGUUUAAAAUGGCUUCCACUUGAAGCCAACCCUGAAGUUUGGAAUCAUAUGAUUCAUGCGAAUGGUAUAGAUUCAACAUGGAAUUUUGUUGAUGUCCUUGGCUUGGAUGAAGAAGGAAUGGCUUCAAUACCUCGACCUUGUGUUGCUAUGAUCUUCUUAUUUCCUAUUACACCUGCUUAUGAAGCAUUCAGGAAAAAGGAAGAAACACACAUUAAGGUACAUGAACAGAACAUCAGCCCCAAUUUGAUUUACUACAAACAAACGAUUUCUAAUGCGUGUGGCAUGAUGGCCUUACUUCAUUCUAUCACGAAUAAUGAACAUAUCAUCACAGGUCCUGGUCUAUUUGAACAGAUCCUUGAAGAUACACGUACUAUGUCACCUGAUGAAAGAGCAGAGUAUCUCGAAAACUCAAAAGAAUUGGCUGUUCUUCAUGCAUCCAGUGCUCAUCAAGGCCAAACACAAGCACCUGAUUUGAAUCAAGAGCAAAGACUGCAUUUCAUCUGUUUCGUCAAUGUAGACCAACAUCUGUAUGAGUUGGAUGGCCGUCAUUCUUUCCCCAUCAAUCAUGGAAAAUGCCAAGAACUCGUUCAAGGCAGUAUGAAAAUCAUUCAAUCUUUUAUUGACCGUAAUCCUGAAGAGAAAGAAUUCAGUGCCAUUGCUCUUUGUCACGCUUAA